UCCACUGAGGAAAUGGAUGAUGGCAACACUUCCAGUGAUAUCUCGCUGUCUGACCUGCUGCCUCCUAUGACCCCAGAAGCUACAGAUGAAGUCAAUGAACAACAAGAGAAUGCUGGCACUAAUCAUGAUAUGAUGCCUAAGCUGAGUGAUGAUUCUGUGAACAAAUAUUAUGCUGUAUUUUACACUGAUUCCAAGUUAAAAUAUUAUUGGGGUAAGGUGACAAAGACCUUUACAAAUGACGAUGACGACGAUGACAUUGAAAAGGUGGAAGUUGACUUCCUUCACCAAAAGGCAUUUAGUAGUAACCCACAUGACUGGACAUGGUGCGAAAGACCAGUAAAAGACAAUGAAGUAUUAGAGUCACAGUACAUAUUUUAUGGACCUGUUCUCCCAGAAAUCAAAAAAGGAGUUUUCAUUUUCCCUGAUGUAGAGGCAAAUGCCUGUCUUCUUCGUCUUCAAAAGGAAGGGCUCUGUUAAUUAAUUUUAUUAACAGAAUGGAUCUGACCUAGUACUAGGGUUAUUAUUUACCCCAUUCAUUUUUUCCCCACGUGAUUUUUUUUACCCCAAAAUGGUCCUUUUUUUCCCUACAGGCAAAUUUGCCAAAUUUUUCAAAUAAUUCAGCUUGUUUAGUGAUUCUUAGAGAAAAUUCAUCUCUAUGAACUCUAUUAGAAUCCAAAGUAAUUAAAAUUUAGAGAAGUU